AUGCUCGAGACCGAGGCUAAGCCCGGAUCGGUCGACGCGCGGACCAGCACAGCGAAUUACGGCCGUCGCUCGCUUGUCUCUGCCUUGAAGGGGAGGCGAGAUGCUCCAGACUUCCAUGGUCUCUCGUAUCCUGAACCCUUCUGGGCCUAUCCCGGCAUCCGUGCGCCUUCCCUCUGGGCUGUGGGAAUCUGUUCGAAGCUCCGGAGCCAUGGGAUUAUGGAGGAUGACUGGCAUCGGGAGGGCGAUUACGAAUGGGAUCUGGGAGGCCUGUUUACGAGCUAA